AUGCCGACGGUGACCUUCCAAGUAGCGGCGGAGGAGUCGCUUGGAUCAGCUUCUCUCUACCUGACAGCAUUGCCCGCCGCUGGUAUCGCCAGUCGCAGCAGCAGCAGCAGCAGCAGCGCCGUCAGUUCCGACGGCCGCGCGGGAGCCGACGGCGUUGAUGUGCGAGGCGUGUUCGACAGCGUCGCAAUGGUGUCGCUCGUGGGAAUCGUGCGACAGCUCGCGCAGCUAUCCGACCACACCGCGGCGGUGUUCGAAAGCCUGUCGGCGGAAGUGGCGGACGUGGGGCGGCGGCGCGCGGCCAUUGUGGCGCGCGUGGCGGAGGUUGAAGCGCGGUUGUCGCGGAUUGAGCUGCGCACGCUGCGGGACACGCAGCCUGUGCGGCUCGUGUACGCGCCAGGUGGGGAAACCCGCGGAGAAUCCGGAAUGCUGGGACGAGAGUCGGGAAAAAUAGAGGGGGUGCUAGAAGUUGGGGUGUGGCGGGGGGGUGGGUGCGGUGGGGAACGAGUGAUGGGGAUUGCUGGGGCGGAAAGGCUUUGGGGGAUUACCGUUGGGCUUCACUUCACAAUUGCAUCAUUCGUGGAACAAGAGGUUUCAGUGCGAAAGGUGGCUGAGUCAGCACUGGAGGAAGAGGAGAAUGGAGCACCUAUGGCAGGUGUGACAGAAGGGAGCAGCGCAGAGAAUGACAGGAGAGACGACUUGAGAGGAGGGACCGGAAAGGCCAGGGGAGCGACAGGUGGUAAAGAAGGGGAUGGGGAGGAGGAGGGAGCGGACGUAGCGAGUAACCACGGCGGGCUGGCGCCUACCCCUCAUGAGCCUGCUCUAGUUGAGCCUUCCCCACAUAAGCCUCCUGUGCAUGAGCCUGCUGCACACGAGCCUGCCGCGCAGGAGCUUUCCUCACAUGUGCCUUCCCCACAUACGCCUGCCGCGCAUGAGCCUACGCCGUAUGCAUAUGCGCAGGGCGAGGGUGAAGAGUGGGGGGCUGACGAUAGUGGGGCGAGGAAAGAGGGUAACCCGGUGGUGCUAGGAGGAGAAGUAGCAUUGGACUGUGAGUCGCCUCAGAACUUGAUGAUUUUUGAGGCGCCUCAAAAGUCGGUGCUAGGAGGAGAAGCAGUAUUGGGUUGUGAGACGCCUCAGAGCUUGAUGGUGGGAAGAGGAGCGGCGUUGGGGACUGCAGUGGGGGAAAUGGUGGUGCCGGUGGUGAGGGAGGAAAGAGAGGGCGAUGGAGGGGAGGAAGGUGGGGAGGUGGGAGAGGGUGGGAAGGAAGUGAAGGAAAAGGAGGAGUGGGUGGGGCAGCAGGAGCGGCAUUUUCUGGAAGAGGAAGAAGAAGGUAGUGCUUCAACGCAGAGGGAUGAUGUUUCAAGUACGGAUCUCAUGGUGGAGAACGGUUCUGUGGGAUGUGAGGGAACGAGGGACGAGGAUAUGAGUUUGUACACAGGAGAUGCAGGAGAGGGGUGGGACGAGGAAGCGAGGGAUGAGCAGGAGAAUCAGGAAACGGGAGGUGAAGGCGAGGGGAGCGACGGGGAAACGAGCGACGAGGAGAUGAGCGGGGAAAUGGGAGAUGCGGGAGAGAGGAGCUACAAGGAGGUGCGAGAUGGAGAGGAGAUGGUGCUGAUUGGGGGUGGAGGAGGGUUGUUGGGUGGGAGCUUCGGCGAGUGGCAGUAUGGGGAUGGGGAGGUGGAAGGCGGGAGGACACAGAGGGUCCUCGCCGCCGUUGUUCUCACGUGUGGCUUGCUCGUGGAUGGUGAUGCUGAUGAUGGGGAUAAUGGGGAUAAUGGCAUUAUGUAUGGCUCCAGAGACAACUGUUACACCGAUCAUAACGCUGGGAAGGAGGGGCAGGUUGAUCAAGCUGGGGAGUUGAGGCAAGUAGAGGAGGAGCAGGUGCUGUUGACCUGUCCACGGCAUUCACAAGCUCUCCAGCAGGGAGUGGAAGAGAAGGACUCUGGGGCACCGAACUUCGCUGCUGCUGCUGCUGUUGCUAUUUCAGCUGACUUCUCUCCUGCUGCCGCUGCCGCUGCCGCUGCUGCUGCUGCUGGUGCUGCUGGUGGUGGUGGUGCUGCUUGUUUGGGAAGUGCUGCUGAUGCCGGCAAGUCAAGUGCUGCUGCGGCAGGAGGGAGCCUCAUGAGGCGUCUGCAUGGUCACAAGCUGAGGCAGUUAAAGCCCUGGUUACGUCCGGACAAGCUCCCUCUGCUCUCCCCUUCCAGCCCGCUCUCCCCACAGGCAGAUGAAGGCUGCAUCAGCCCACCUCCCCUUGCUCUGCCAUUGCAGGCAGUGGAGGAAGAGCCUGUGCAUGUACCUACUUGCAGCCGUAGCGGCAGAACCCAUGCGGGUGGUGCAGGGGUGGUGACAGGCAUCACCAUGUUCAGACUGCUUGCCAAGGGCAUGGGUGUUUUCACUCCGCGCCAAGAUUGGACCGUAACUGGGGGGGCCAAGGCGCCAAAGGUGCAUUGA